GUUGUUGUCUUACAAUUGCGGAUCCGAUUAAGUGAUUGGAUUAACAUUGGGUGAAGAGAUGUCGCGCACGAAUCUGAAGCAACAGUUGAUGAAACAGCAGCUCAUCCAACAAGAGCUGCGGGAAAAGCAAUGCUCAUCGCACGACCAGUCGGCGCGAUUGAGCCAAUCAUUACAGGCUAUGUCCCAAUCGGUUCCACAGCCACAUACCGGUGCUCUACAGCCCCAGCAUUCGGGCGCACAAUCACUCAUGUUUCCAUCGAUGAUGAAUUCCCAUCAACUGUUCCAAAAAGUACAACAAAACCAUCAAAUGAGGCCAUCGUUAGAAAAUCCGACAAAUUAUCACGUUUUACAGACACAGCAGAAGAUAUCACCACAACAGCUGAGUCCACACUCACCGCUCCAUCAAAGCCAUCAUCCGUUUCAUUCGCAGUCUGUGCCCAAUGUGCCCACACAGUUGUCCCCCAAUUGCCUUCCACCUCAUCACACAAACCACACCAACACUGAUCACUCGCACCACACAAACACUGGUCAUUCGUUGUCGUCGAGUGCGUUGGGCUCGACGGGUGCCCCGCAGUCACCCUUCCCGUUGAGUCCGGACAGUCCGCUGUCGGCGCCGCCGAGUUCUGCCUGCUCUACGUCCGAGUUGGACGACGUGUUCGACGUGUUGGGAGGUUUCGACAAUCGCGCGGAUGUCUCCCAAAUGGACGAGGAGUUGGUCGGAGCCAUUGCCGCCACAUUACCCGCUGAUAUCAACUACUUUCUGGAUAACCAGCCGAUGACACCCACGGGUGACAUGUCGUCGUCUUCGUGUCCACAGCUCACCGAACAGGAGAUGAAGGCGUGGCAGAAGGAUAGGCAGAAGAAGGAUAACCACAAUCAGAUCGAGAGGCGUCGCCGAUAUAAUAUCAACGAUCGGAUCAAAGAAUUGGGAACUCUUUUGCCCAAAAAUGAAGACACAAAACACUUCGAUCUCGUCAAAGACAUGAAGCAAAAUAAGGGCACAAUUCUCAAGGCAUCCGUCGAUUACGUGCGACUCCUCAAGAGAGAGAACAUGAGACUCGCCACUGAAGAGAGGCGUUAUAAGGAGAUGGAGAACAACUACAGGUCUCUUCAAAUGCAGUUCCAAGAAUUGCAGGUCAGAGUGGGAUCAUCACCACAACCACCACAUCAGCAGCAGCAGCAACAACAGCAACAGACCUCAAACUGGCCUCAAAUGAUGAACUCAAACCGAAAACCAGUGAAUGGAGACAAUGGCCUAAACAAUGGUCUAAACAAUGGCAAUGAUUUAUCAAAGAGCGACCCAUUCUUGUCGGCUCCGGCAUCGCUUCCGCUCACAGAUGCGGACACAAUGGCCGCCGCGCAGAGUCUGCAGCGUAUUAUAAAGCAAGAGUUUGCGGCUCCGCUGUCGCCCGUCUCUCCCAGUCAGUCGAGCUCAGGCCUGGGGUCGUCGCUGCCGUCCGGCGCCUCUCCCGCUCAACACUACUUUCAAUUCAAUGAACUCAGACACGACCCCAUCCUAUCGGCCGCCUCUCUCAGCAUUAAGAAUGAGGCCUAUUCUCCGCAAUCCAUGGAUAUCUGCCAUUGAAUCUAAUAUAACAAUGUGUACGACAAACCCCAACAUGUUAUCCCACAUUUCCCACAACAACAACAAGACUACACUCAUCCCAUGUUUUGGAUUCUAUGCUUCCAUUACUAUUCAAUACAAAAUCAAUGAUUUUAAUCGUUAUAUUCAAACCCCAUUGAAAUCAGUUCUAUUAUAUGUGCCACUCAUUGAAUCUGCAAAUGUAUUUGCAAUCAAUUUUUAGUUAUCUUUGAUCGUUAAGUAUAUACUCAUUGAGUCAAAACCCUAUCAACUAAUUAUUACUAUUAACUAAACAUUAAAAAUAUAUCGCGAAUAACAUAACGUUUUCGAAGUGAAUAUUGCCUCAAAAAAAUUGGAUAUAUUUUAUGAAACAAAAGCAUAUUUUAAUUAUAAGUCUCUCGCGUUUUGCUCUAAUCAUACAUUAUAUAUAUUGUAAGAAAUUACAGCAUUUUUGUAAUUUUUCACUACAAAACACACACAAAAUGAUACAAAAACUACAAAUAUUUUUCACUGUUAAGGCCUAGAGGUCUGCCAAACAUUUUCCACGACAAACAAAUACCAAACACUGUUUUAUUAUCGAUACAAAUGACUUGAUUUUCAUUCAAUAUGUUUUACGGUUUACUUUUGUUUUUAAUACGUUUUUUGAUAAUUAUAUAACUAUUUUCUCAAUUUUUUAGUUCACAUUUACGAAGAAGUUAUGGCAAACUAUUGUUAAUUAAUUAUUUAAGUCAUAAGUUAUAUAUUUGUCACACGAAUAUACAGUACAUUAACAGAAAAUGAG